AUGGCUGUGCCGUGGGUGAUCCUACGCCGCUUCCUCGGCGUCGUCCCCAAGCACGCGGAGGCGGAGCACCCCGCCGCCAUCUCCACCGCGCUCAGGGCGCCGCCGCGGGUCACCAUCCUCAGCGUGGGCGGCCCGAAUGCCCGCCCCGAGCCCACUCGCCCCGACAAGGUGCCCUACCUCGUUGCCGCCGGCCCCUCGGGCCUCCUGAUCUGCUUCGCCGUCGGCGAGGCCCCCAUCAAAACCGAUGACCUCAUCGUGGCACGGGAGUUCCUCGCGCCCGCGGACCCGUCGCGCCAGCCGACCACGGGGUCCGCCGAACGCAUCCCCCGGCGCCCCGGGUCCAUGCCAGCCACCUGCAACCUCAGGAGCCUCGGGCUCACUCCCGGGCAGUUUCCCGGCGACUACGUGAUCACGGAGCUCCUGGUCGCCAAGCGCAGCGAUCGCGCCAAGCUCCUCCGCUUCCUCUCGGCCGAACGCCGAUGGCUCGACACAGACCUGCUCAACCCGCUUUCCACCGUGGACGGUGAUCGGGAGUGGGCACCGUCCGGCGUGGUCUACCACGAAGGGAAGCUCUGGUUCGUCGACCUCUCGUGGGGGCUCCUCAGCUGCGACCCGAGCGCCACCCUGCCCGUCCUGCGCUUCCACAGCCUCCCGCCGGGCCGCUACAUCCACGAGCCCAAGCCGUUCCUCCACACCAUCCGCUGCAUCAGUGUGAGCAACCACAUGCUGCGGUACGUGGACAUCGCCCGUGACCUCGAUCUGGACGGCCGCGCCGCCGAGAAGAAGGUGUCCGUGUGGACGGCGAUCCACGAUCCUGACUGCGCCGGCGACGGCGACCACGGCAUCCUAUGGAUCAAAACGUACGAGGUGGGCUUCAAGGAGAUCUGGAACGACGCCAGCUACAGGGAGACCCGUCUGCCGGCCAUGAUCCCUGAAAUCGUGCUCGUGCACCCCAAGCACCCCAACGUGGUCUACUUCUUUCAAGGGAGGAGCCUCUUCGGCGUCGACGUGCCCGCACAUCGGGUCGUGGGGUUCGUCAAGGAUGCCCACAAGCUCGUGGCGCCGGGCUGCAGGCGCUGCGUGCUCCCAUGGGAACUGCCAGCCUCCAUUGCCAACGGUAACAUCUACAAUAAUUUUGCAUAA